AUGAGUCUUCGUAAUUUUCUCGUUUGGUUAUGCAUAUCAAUGAUCGUCAUUGAGUUUACUCAAGCAAUCAAUGAUGAUUUACUUUCAUCAUCAAUCGAGGAUACCAAUGACCAUCCAUUGUAUCGUCGUAAUUCGAAAAAAGUAGCACAAAUGCUACAACAAAUGUUACAACGUGGUGAAAUGCAAGUUCAACCAUAUCGUAUUCAUGAAUUCCUUCACCGACUUCAUCGUCGACAAGCAAAUGAUUAA